GAAGUACGGUAGGGUACCUAUAUAGUCACCGUGGAGACCAUUCGUGCAUUAUCAAUAGCCGACACAUUCUGAAGCAAAGGCGCUUCGGUGUCGGUAGUGAUCAGUAGACAACCCUUACUUCAGUCAAUGUCAAUUACGUACCUUAACUAUUCAAAUAAUUAACAACAUAAACUAAUAAUAAUUAGUGUUUAUAUAUGUGUUUUAAAUUAAUACUCUGAAAUGUCGCUGGUCAGUAAUACUGGGUUACUCGCUAGUAUUCAAAAUCUACCUUAUAGAAAGAGAAAUAAUGAGGAGCAUCAAUAUCUGAGCUUCAGUAACAUAACAGGCCCAGCACCUUACGCGUUGAGGCCAUUUUCCGGCCUCUACAAUCCAUUUCCUUAUGGAUGCUCAAUACUCUGCAAUCAUCCUGCCGACUGUGAGGUUAAGGACAUCGUUAAAAAAGCCAAAGAUGCAUGGGGCAAUGAUUGCAAAACAACACUGCAAGAGGAGAUAGCAGCCCUGAGAGCAACGGCGUUGAACAAACAUGCUGACGACGGCGACGAAAUAGUUCCCGAAGAGCUGUUCCGUCGCUACACGGAGACCGACUCAAGGCCGUUGACCCCGGCGCCCACCCUGGCCAGUGUGAUGACCCACAGCUCCAAUGUGAACAAGGGUGGUCGCCGCUGCUUCACCCCUGACCCCCUGCCAUCACACGGCCGCCACACCAGCGAGCGCCCCUUGCUUGUGCUCGACCUCAGGAGGACUCAGAGUCAGGACACCAUCUCCUGGCAUGGGGGACCGGGAGGCCCAGUGCCGACAACAGUCCUGCAGCCACCCACCAGGUCCCCCACCCCCAACUCGACGUCGGCUGGCGCGGGCACGAGGCGAAGUAAGAAGUCCACUUCACCAUCGAAGAAGUCCGCUGCUUCCGACGCCAAAGCCAACGACGACUCUAACAGCGAUGGAAAUAAGCUUGAACAACAAGUGAUGAAAACAUUGCCGGCGCCAAGUGCUGAUGGAGGAGUUGACAGCAAUGAGGCUGAAGAGAUUCAACGUCGCAGAGGUCGUCAACGCAAGAAGAACAAGAAGCAUUCGAGGGAUCUUUCAAGUGGAGUGGAAAAAGAGUUCAAAGGCUUGCCUGAGCCUGGAGAGACACAGGAGCAUCAAUAUCUGACGUUCAGUAAGAUAACAGGCCCAGCACCUUACGCGUUGAGACCAUUUUCCGGCCUCUACAAUCCAUUUCCUUAUGGAUGCUCAAUACUCUGCAAUCAUCCUGCCGACUGUGAGGUUAAGGACAUCGUUAAAAAAGCCAAAGAUGCAUGGGGCAAUGAUUGCAAAACAACACUGCAAGAGGAGAUAGCAGCCCUGAGAGCAACGGCGUUGAACAAACAUGCAGACGACGGCGACGAAAUAGUUCCCGAAGAGCUGUUCCGUCGCUACACGGAGACCGACUCAAGGCCGUUGACCCCGGCGCCCACCCUGGCCAGUGUGAUGACCCACAGCUCCAAUGUGAACAAGGGUGGUCGCCGCUGCUUCACCCCUGACCCACUGCCAUCACACGGCCGCCACACCAGCGAGCGCCCCUUGCUUGUGCUCGACCUCAGGAGGACUCAGAGUCAGGACACCAUCUCCUGGCAUGGGGGCCCGGGAGGCCCAGUGCCGACAACAGUCCUGCAGCCACCCACCAGGUCCCCCACCCCCAACUCGACGUCGGCUGGCGCGGGCACGAGGCGAAGUAAGAAGUCCACUUCACCAUCGAAGAAGUCCGCUGCUUCCGACGCCAAAGCCAACGACGACUCUAACAGCGAUGGAAAUAAGCUUGAACAACAAGUGAUGAAAACAUUGCCGGCGCCAAGUGCUGAUGGAGGAGUUGACAGCAAUGAGGCUGAAGAGAUUCAACGUCGCAGAGGUCGUCAACGCAAGAAGAACAAGAAGCAUUCGAGGGAUCUUUCAAGUGGAGUGGAAAAAGAGUUCAAAGGCUUGCCUGAGCCUGGAGAGACACAGGUAUCGGCGUUUGGGAACGAGUCGCGCGUGGGCAGUGCGCGCCAGUCGCUGACAGUGCAGGGCGCCGACGGCCAGAUGACGCCUCACUCGCGGGCCAGCAUGUCGGCGCGCGGCAGCCACGGCGCUGCCUCCCUUCAGCCCUCCUUCGUCGACCACCAUGUUCUCAAACUGCUCAGUCGCGAACUCGACAGAGAGGUCAUUGAUAAUGAGUUCGAUGUCAUGCGUCGUAUAGCCUUAGAAGAAGCAUACCGAGUUUUUCCUCCAAAUUCUCACCUGGGCCAAAGUGAGGAGGUGACCAAAGUGAAGAAGGAAUUGCGCCUUCCUCCAACCGACAUUGAGCUGUGGCUGUCUCUUCCUCGCACAUUCUCCAGACAAUCUGCUCGCUUUGAACUACCUCUCGAUAGGGAAGUAUUCAACAAAAUGACUCCAUUGGAAUAUAUAAGACAGCAUGUGUCUAUUACAAGUGGGAGAAGAAUGCUGUAUAAUUUAGUGUUCAAUAGGCAUCGAGAGAAUGCUGACAUGGAGGUGGAGGAUAGAAGAAUCUCUGGAGAGAAAAUUAUCGCAGCCCUGGGAGAAAUGAUGGGAAGACCAAUGACGGAAGAAGAGAGCAAUAAAUUUCAAAAUCUGGUUGGAUGGACAGAUGCCGAUCUUCUUGACUUCAGAGUGUGGUGUGGUCUAUGUGCACUCUGCGAAAGAAUAAUGGGUCCAUCCUUCUCAUCACAAGUUGUUUCCCAAGAGAUUGAUGCAAGGCAUGAAGUGGAAAAGGCAGAUUUUGAUACAUUGCCGAGGAGACUACUCAGUCUAAAACCGGACCCACGGCUAUUAACUAUACUAAUGCAAAUUAGAGACUGCUAAGUUGAUGAUAUCUCUCAAUAUACGAUGAAUAUUUCAGGAGUAUUGUUACAGUACCUGAAAAUUUCUUUCUCUUUUCUGGGUGCCAUAAAAUACCGUGGAUAUUAAUGUUAGUAGGAUGAAUUACCAAGAUAUAAUGCAUGAAAAAUAUACUUCUAGGAAGGCUAAAAUGCAUUUCUAAUGGAUGUUUCCGAAUAAAUUUGAGAAUCACGUUUGAAAAACACAUCUCUCAAGUUAUAGAAAAGAAUAGGCAAAUAUUUCAUUGAUUUCUAAUUGAUAUAAGCUGAGAUUAUCUAAAAACAAAACUGUAAAAAAUAAUAUGAAACUUAAUAAUUCAACACUAGAGUCAAUCCUAUUAGAAUGUUCCAACCUGGAAUUAGUAUUUUUUUGCGAGUAUAUUGAGGACUCUAUGCAACUGUACAAUGACAUCAAGGUCAAGAGAAAAUUUCAAUUUAGUAGCAAACAUGUACCGGUUUUUGAGUGCAGUUGGCAAGUUAUUUCUGUAGUCAUUCAACGGGUCUCAUGUAUUUUAUGUCCUCAAGAUUCCCUAUCAACCUGCUUAUGAAGACAGUCUGUGGAUUGUUUUUCAACUACAUCUAUGGGUUGGACCAUUUUCAACUUCACAAUGAACUACCAAUAUAUUGUAAGACGAUUGAUUAAAAUGGGACUAGAGACAAAUUUUCAAACUCCCAUUUCGAUUCAAAUGUAAAAACAAAAAACAAGAAAUGGGGUGUUCACCCCCGCCCCCCCAAAAGCCAAUGGAUGCCCCCCUCCCCAGAAAGUCAAUGGAUGUCCCCCCUCGAAAAAAAUUCAAGGACAAAUAGCAUAAAGAAAGAAAAACCCCUCCUGAGGGCUCCCCUGCUUCAAACUAUACUGACACCGUGCAGAGCGCACCUUGAUUUGUAAAAUAACACAUCAGUUUUCAAUUAUCUUAGUUUAGAACGCAGUAGACAUCAUUGAAUAGAGUUGUUGAAUUAAUUAACAACUGAAAAUCUUGAAAAUUGUUUGACUGUCUCCUAAAAUCUAGUGCAAGUAGUAGCCUACAUAGACUACAACAUAUGUAGUACCAUCAAAGCCAACAGAAGGCAUAAAUAGAAAUCAAACCCACUCUUUUUUAAUUUUUGACCAAAACUAACAUAUUUUGAAAAAUACAAACAAGAAUUGAUUAGAACUUAGGAUUUAUCUCACAUGGUGGACUGAUAGCUUCUAUUUUAUGGAUGCUGCAAGGAAUGUAAUCCAAUCACACAGUCACCGUAAUUAUUUUGCAGAAGUCAUUUAGUAAUAGAUAAGGAUUGAUAUCACAAAAAUUUAAAUUCUUCAGCAUUCAACCCACAUGACCAGCCCAAAUCUCCACAAUUCAGAUCUUCAAAUUAUGAUGAAAUUGUUCAAAAGAAUGGGAAAUAAAUGAAAAUAAAAAUAGUCAACACGGAGGUUGAAAUUUUGUAUUGAGAAAUAAGUUAUUAAUUCCAAGUUGAUAGCAAUAGCCCUACUUCCAAAUUACUAUAUUUUACUCACUCAUGGGAGGAAUGCAUGCAAUUCCUUAGUGGCUUCCUGGACGCAUUGGAAACAAGGUGCUUCAGCUCACUUGUUCAGUGCUAUUAACCUGCAAUAAUAGGAAACUGAUUUAGUGGCGUGAGUGGACCCAACGCUAUUCCCAUCUGUUCAGUCUCACCGAGAAAUUAUCGUAGAGUUGCGAUGAAACUGUCUCUCAUGCAUUGCCGUCCGGUUUAUUUCUGUAAAGGAAUUUGAGUAACCGACAUUAAAGGGGAAUCCAGUGUAGACAACACUUUCACAGUAAUAGGGGCCGACUCAAAUUGAAUAACCGGCAGUUAUUUACAAGUUUUGAAGAGAUGUGAACUGAGUGAUUCCGUAUCUUAGUUCUCAGCUCUACUUCCACAUGCCGCAGGGAUCGGCCAAGCCUUGUUCGAGUUCCUCUCGUUUAUAGGGCACUAGAUGAAUGCCUGCAUCUCUGCCUUGCCAAUGCCAAAGCCAAUGCCUCCCAGGCUAACAUAGCAAGCGCUCUCUGUUGAUCAAUUUUUUUCUCAGUUUUUUGUAUGUUUGAGAAUGAUUGCAACGAAAGGCUGCUUUGAUUCCUGUUAUUAUCUUGUAAUUUCACUUUUUCCAGCCAUUUAACAAGCAGCGUGACAGUUCUUCGUGAUCACAAUUCGAACUUGCGCUUAAUUCAGGUCACUUGAAAAAGUGCAGAUUUAUGAUAGAUUCUUAUCUAUCAGUUUUUCAUAAGAUGAUUGUGAACCGAAGCUAAUAAAUUGAUUAUUAGGCCUAGAAGUAACCCUUCCCAUCAUGCUGUUGGAAGAAUGCUAUCUAUAUAAUUAUAA